UAUUGCUAUCUUUAAGAAACAUCAUCUCAUCUAGCACAAUGCUCGAGAUGAAAAUCUUCACUCUCUCUACUUCAUCGUUCCCAGCGAAUUAAAUUCCGGCAUGAGAAUGAGGAAGGUCACGACGGUGAUGUCCUUGGGGAAUGAGGAUCCGAUGCAGCCCUGCCUUUCUGAUGAUGGAGUUCGCGCUCAAUCUGGGGUGGGAUUGGAUGAGAUGGCGAAACCAAGACGUCACGAUCUUAGAUGCCGUGCAAUAAAGACUAUCAAGUGGUGUCCUCAUACCUCGGUUCAUCUUUGCAAGCAAGCAUUAUAA